AUGGUGAAGCGACUCCCUCUCAGCUGUGAAAAUUGUCGCCAGAGAAAAAUUCGCUGUCUAGGCUCAGGUGUUCCAUGUGUCACCUGUCAAAGACGCGGGGUAGCACUUACGUGUCAUUUUAAACGCGACCUUCUCCCGAAUUCAGGUCCAGAAAACUCUCAUGAUGAUCUCCUUCAGCGAAUCUCGAACUUGGAGGAGUUGUUACAGCAAAACAUUGACCUAACGGCCACCUCGAUUACCUUGCAACAAAACAUCACCUCGCAAUCGGCUGAUGCGCAGAUUGAUCUUUCUGUGCAACAGAAUACGUCUUCCCGGACACCCACGUCAAUCCCAAGCGCUAGUCUUGGUCAGCCAUAUGAUCCCCCUAAGUCUCAACAAAAUUCGGCGGGUAGCAUUAUCACCUCUUCUACAGGCCACAUUCGCUAUGUUCCUUCCAACUCCAGGAACGACGCGGAUCUCCUGGAUCGGUUUCAGAAUCCUGUUCCCUCAGGAAGCACAUCGGAUUUUCCUUUCGGCUCCGAAACAUCUGGGUUCAAUCAAGCUAUUCUGGAUAUUUUCCCACCAUCGCGCCAAUGUGACGAGCUCCUUACUGUAUUUCUGCAAGUCUUUUCUCCUCUUUUCCACAUCGUGGUUGAGCCCAGAUUUCAAUGCGCAUAUUUCGAGUUCAAAAAAAAUCGCCAAGCUGCUCCCAAAGCUUUCAUCGGUCUUCUCUUUGUGACAUUGGCACUUGCUAUAACCGCACUCCGUCCAGAAGACCCCCUAUUAUCGGACUUGGGAGGGGGGGGCUCAUCGGCAGCGAAUGCCAAAUCACUAGCACUAAAAUAUCGGUCGGCAGCGAUGAAAUGUCUAGCAGCAGAUGACUUCUUGUGGCAGCACAAUUUGUACACAUUGCAAUGUCUUGUUUUUCUUAUCUACGCUAUCAACCACGCUCAGGGUCCAGCGUGGUCAUUACUUGGAACAACGCUCAACAUUGCCGUGGCAAUCGGGUGUCAUGUUGAUCCUGCUCGGCUGAACGUGACCUUUGUUGAAGCCGAAGAGAGACGGCGAGCUUGGGCCGGUCUGAUGAUGUUGUUCACCAUUCAAAACACUUGCCUAGGCAACAUAGCUCCAUUUGAUAUCAAUAACGAUGUGCGACUUCCAUUAGAUAUGGAAGAUGAAGACAUAACGUCCCAGUCAUUUUCUCUGGACGACAUGGACAUUGUCGACAUACAGGCGGAGAACAGACCGCCCACCAAAAUGUCUUAUAUUCUCUUCAAAUUUAGGCUUUACAAAAUUGCAUCUGACAUCUGUCGUUUGGCUUCAGCUCAGUCCUCAUGGCCUCAGUUCAGCCACAUUCGCAAUCUGGACGAACGACUUCAUGCCGAGAUGAGAGAGCAGAAUAAGCGCUUUGGUGGGCACUCCAAUCUUCCAGUGUACCAUCGGGCACACUCAUACAUUCUGAAUAACUAUACAAACCACCUACUGUUACUUUUGCAUCGACCAAGUCUUGCUACUCAGGACCCCAUGAGUCUUGAGAACACAAGCAUCAGCUGGGAGCGAUGUGAGCAGGCGGCUUGUCUCAUCAUUUCUAAUUACGAAAAUCUCCAUACUUUGCAGGAGUUCAGAUCUUACAGCUGGUAUACACAUGGCAUUGGAGCAUUUCAUGCCUUCUUCGCAAUGACCACUUUGAUGAUCUUGCUAGGCCAGACCGAAGAAGGCGCUUUACCAGAGCAGGCUAUCAUUCAAGCUGUACAAAGCUGCUUGACAAGGUUCAAAGAAGCAACUCCGUUCAGUGAGAUUUGCGAUCGCGCAUACCAAAUUUUGUCUCCCUUAGUUACUGGGGAGGUUUACCAGCCUGGCUUGUCAUCUGGGCAACAGUCAGCUACGCCGGGAAUCGGCAGUUCUGAGGAACCGAGUUUCCAGCCUAUGGCUAAGUAUACAGGAGAAGAAUGUGGUGGAUAUCCUCCAGAUACGUGGGCUCUCUCAGAGGACCUGGAACAAGUUAUGUUCAAGGUUUCGUGUGAGCAAUGGCUAUCUCCGACGGCAUUCCCAUGGGCGGAUAUUCUAUAG